AUGUCCUCGAGCUUUUCAUGGUCCACUGCUGAGCUUGGCAGUCUGGUGUCUGGAGACCACCCUGUAAGACUGAGAUAUGGGGAUACACAUCCUGGAAGAACCUCUCAGACGCCCUACACCACCAUCAUCGCACUGCAUGGGAUUGGGUUCAACUCGAAUAUCUGGAGCCCAUGGUUACCACACCUGCCCCAAGACAUCCGUCUGAUCGCCCUCAACCGUCGCGGCUUUGGCGGUUCAUCCGGCCUUCAUCAGCCCCAAGAACGUCUCGUCGAUGGAACCAACACCGAGUCUUACGGCCGUUACCUGCUCGACCUUUUGGCUUUCGUCAAGUAUGCUGUCAAAGUAUUGAAACUUCCGGGAAAAGAUACAAAGACAGGGAAGGGAGGAAUCGUGCUGCUUGGCUGGUCGAAAGGGUGCUCAUACUUAACGUCAAUCUUGGCUAUGCUUUCAAGUGCGGAAGGACUCCCUGCAUCCCUUGGACUUCCGCUCUCUACCUUCGAUCCGUAUCUCAACACCAUCCGCAGCCAUGUCACCAAUGUGAUUCUCUACGAACCACCCGGUGUGCUGUUUGGCAUCCCGGACCUUGAGAGAAUGUGGGACGAAAGCUCCACCUUAGCUGAGCAGGGUCGUGACUUCGUUCACGCUUUCCUCGCCAUGGUACCUGCCGAAAAGGUUCAUCUGGUGCACAUAUCCGUGGACAAUAUGGGGAUCACUGGGGAUGAUUUGUACAACGGGAACGGUAAAGACAAGGAAGAGCGGGAGACUCUGUCGAAUGUGGCUUUUCAGCAAAUCCCAUCCUUCAUCGGGCUAAGUGUCAUCUACGGCGAGCACCGGCACCAUUUCUACGUGCCUUGAUGGCUCGAAAUGGGUUAUUCAACCAUGCCUCAGCCAAAACAAUACGACAUAUCAGGUCAUCCAAGACGGAGGUCAUUUCUUGAUGGCAACAGACCCGGGGGCCUUUAACGCUGCAGUUAGAUGAACUCUUGGUGAAGAUGACACGCGAGAGGGUGUUUGUGCAAGGGGAACCGUGGGACCGGACGAAGAUCGGCUCCACGAAUAGCACUGGAUAUCGGGUUCGACGUUUGGGUUCUGUAUAUUCAAGACACGCUGAUCAUUCCCCCGUUCGAAACGCGUCUUCCACAGCGGUGUUACGUGGGAACGUUGGGUCUCAGGACCGCAUAUAUAUUUUUGGUAACUCUCAGAUGACCAGAAAGCUGUG